UCACUCAGUCAGCUUCCUGUUCACCUGGUCACAUCGCAUCUAAGGAUGGCUUCCCUCCACGUUUUUGUUUGUUUGCUGGGACUGUUUGUCCUGUGCCACUCUGACUGCUUCUUCCAGGGGUUAGCACUGAAAGAUGUGAAUAACCCUCCAAAAGGGUGUGUGGACAAGGAUGGAAAGCAGCAUGAUUUUGGCUCUGAAUGGGAAAGGGACUGCAUGGCGUGCUCUUGUACAAACGAGGGCCUGAGCUGCUGUAGCAAGAUCCCUGACGCAGCCACAGUAGAAAUCCCUGAUGAAUGUGAGCUGGUUGUGCACAAGGAAACCUGCUCUGCUAAGGUCCUGUUGAAGUCAGACAAGACAAAGGAGUGUCAGCCUAUGUGAACACACGACAAGCUGACCUCUACACGUUGGGGACAACGGAGGUCCAAACUUGUCAUCAGUCUUUCUCAUGAUUCAUAUUUGAUCAACUAUUUUAGGGCGCAUAUAUGAGCCACAAAUCCAAAUUAAGAACAGAUUAAUCUUGUCUUUCUUGUCAUUUUUGAAAGUUUUUGACAAUAAAGAUAAAACCUAAA